CGGCAGGUUGUGUUCCAUUGUUGGGCUCCCGUUGUUGUGCUGUCUCUAUGUUGUAGCGGUGUGGUCGUGUUUUUACUCCGUCUCCGUCAGUCGUCGGCUGUGAUGAAGGGUGUUUCUGGCAUUGACUGCCUACCUGUGUGACAUCACAACGUAACAUCAUUUAUGCUAAACAAGGAGUGAGACAAAUGUCCUAGAGCCCCCAUCCACUCAGCUUCCUGCUUCCUCCUGGCCAACUGCAUCUUCUCGGCAUCCACAUGCGACCGAGUGUGACACGUGUGGUCUUUCCGUCUGGCCUUGAACUGGCGUCCACAGAUCCCCGACUAUAUGAGCGUCAGCCAACAAGCUAAAAAGCCCAAACUGUCCACUCAUUGUCCGGCGCUGCUUUUUAAGGAAUCGAGGGAGGUUUACCAACAUACUUUUUGCAGAGCCACAAGCACAAGAUGGGCAAGAGGACGCCAAAGAGCUUGAACAGGAAGUAAUAUCAGGUCGCUAUGAUGCUGCUGCUCUGUGGUUUUUUUAGGUUUUGAUUUUUGUGAGCUGGAUGAAAAAAUCGAAACCUAAAGAAAAAACAGCGCUGACGGCAGAUACGACUUCUUCUUCGGUGGUAUUUGCAUUUUCUGCCUCAUGCGGCAAGAUGUGUUUUGUAGCGGUGUGUCGGCCACAUGACGUGUGUCACAUCACAACACUCGACAUCACUCCAGCUGUCCACUUUGUCACCUGAUGCCCAAAGACGGUCCACUUCCUGCGAUAAACAUCGUGACAUGAGUGUUAAGCAUAGCGGUAGGUCACAUGACAACCCAUUUGCUGUCCAUUAACUUUUGUCAAAGUGUGUAUAUAUGUUACCAACUAAAAUGUGACUCCCAAAAAUUGCAGUGUCGUGUGUGUGUGUAUCCCCUGGUGGCAGAUUGCAGUAUCGCAGCUGACCGAAGGGGGUGUGGCCUCAUCACUUCUGAAGUCAGGUGCACAAGGAGACGGUCAAAGGUUAUUUAGUCAGAGUCGUGAGAAAACUAACGAGGCUGUGACAGGAAGUGGUUCGUACCCUGUCCCCCCCAGUCUGAGCUUAUGACUUCAUUUUUAAACUCCGGCUGGUUUCCACGGCAACGUGGAACUUUUAAGAACGCACUGACAGACGCUUCCUUUCGCACACAAAGACAAGAAUGUGUGUGAAUGGCGUCAUUAAAUCCUCAUCCGUCAGCUGCCUGCCGGCCAAACGCCCCCCCGGAGGUCAUCUGGAGGGCUGCCAGGAGGGACAGAAGCAUGUGACGUCUUCGCUCUCUAGCGCCACCUGUCAGUUAGGCAACGUUCCUCAUCCUUUUUUCACAUAAUUCCGCCACCCCCAAAAAUCAGCAUCAUUGUUUGCCUACAUAUAGUCACAUGACUUACGAUUGACAGCUCUAGCACCUAGUUAGGUUCUGGCCUAGCAACCGUUGCCAUAAUAACCACUCGGUGGAGCCCCCUGCUGGAGUGGCAGAAAACACGUUUAAUCUCAGGAUGUUUUUAAAAAAAAGGAAUACAGGAAGAAGACCAUGGUUGUUUGGACAGAUGUUCUGAGGACACAACAAGACAUCUGGACCCAAUCUUCAGUCGGUGGGAAAACACCUCAAGAGAGGGUGGUCCUUCCUGCCCCACCCCCCUGCCCCCUGUCUUUGUGAAGAGGCAAAGAUGGAAGCUCAAGAGUUAAAUUCAAAAUCACCUGACCCCGCCCCCUUGCAUGAGACCCUCUGUUGCAGAACUUGGGUCACUUCACUCCAAAACCCACCCCGGACAGAACCAGGACUACCUCAAAGGACUGCUCAGCUGUUUGAUUGACAGCUGCUUGUCAUGUGUGUGACUGCGUGACGUCACUGGGGUCAUGGAAGUUCUGCUGCUCCUGAUGAUGAUGGCACAGGUGUUCGGUGCCAUCACACUGGAGCGCCACCAUGACAGUUUACGUCACAGAGUCAGCAAACGUUACACUAUCAACCCGAUGGGACAGAAGUGGACGCAUAUGAACAUCACGUACAGGCUGGACAAGUUUCCCAACACGCUGAGCGCGGACGACACCAGGAAGGCCAUCAGCAUCGCCUUCGCCAAGUGGAGCGAUGUGUCACCGCUGACCUUCACAGAGGUCACCAAUACCACCGCCGACAUCGUCAUUGGAUUCUACACCUUCAACCACUCAGACUGUUGGCACUCACCACUCCACCCGUGUUUCGACGGGCUCAAUGGCGAACUGGCUCACGCCUUCCUGCCUCCACGAGGAGAGAUCCACUUUGACAACCACGAGUUCUGGAUCCUGGGAAAGUCCCGAUUCAGCUGGAAGCAAGGUGUGUGGCUCAACGACCUGGUCCAGGUGGCGGCGCACGAGAUCGGCCACGCUCUGGGUCUGUGGCACUCCAGGGACCCACACGCCCUCAUGCAUCCCAACGCCACCUACACGGGCCAGCGGAACGUCGGCCAGGAUGACGUGUGGGCCAUCCAGAGGCUCUACGGGUGUGAGGACAAGAAGCGCGUAUGUGACGCGUGGGCCCGCUUGGGCUUCUGUGAACGCAGGAAGUGGUUCAUGAAGAAGAACUGUCCUCGCCGUUGCGACCUCUGCUUUGAGCCUCUGGAAGCAGUCGCCACGCCAACACCGCCUCCGGCCAAUGUGAAAGUCAAGGUGGUCCCACGCGGGAAGGUGGUGGGCUUCCGCUGCGGCACCAAGAACCCGCGCUCCCUGCCCAAAGUCAGCUGGUACAAAGAUGGCGAGCGGAUCACGGUGUCCAUCCCGGGAUACAUCGUGGUCAAAGGGCGGGACCUCCGCAUUGUGGCCAACGAGUUCAAUGAGGGCGUGUACACCUGCCGCAUCCAUCGCCGUGGUGACGGCGUGUCCGCCAACUCGUGGGUCAUCCGCCUGAAGCCGGAAGAGACAUCCAACAGCUGAGAACGGAGGACAUUUUAGCCUUCAAAAUACUCGUUAGCAUGUUAGCUCGGAAGCCAUGGUGAAGACGAUAUCUUUUGACUUUGGACACGUCACAUUCUCGUUUCUCGACUGUCUACCUCCAAGUGUCAAAUAUUUACCUCUUUUACUUUCUUCAUGAGCGCGUCUGGCUACUCGUCAGCAAACAUUCAUGGGUUGCCAUGGUAGCGACCUGUCGUCAUGGAGGCCUUUUGGCGCCUCGGGGACAUUAAAACAAGGACUAACAUUCACAAAGCGACUAAAACUUUUACUGUCAAA